AUGGCUGCCGCUUGCGUCGCUUCCCCUUCCAAACACUCCCAUCCUGCUCACUACACCUACCUCUCCCCUCUUGACCUCUCCCCUACCACUUUCGCCUCCACUCCCAACCUCCCCGCUCGCCGCACCUCCAAAACCGCCCAAGACCUCCCCAACCCCGCCCCUUCCUACGCCGCCCUCCGUUCCAUGCACGCCUAUGCCCUCAAGUAUGUCAUCGCCCGACUCCGAUGGGACCAAAGCAACAACCUGUACCUCCCCGGCCAGGAUGGUGUCUGGAACCAUGACCAAGUGAUCCACGAGCUCGAAGAUGAGUUGAAGAACGUCGAGGACGCGCAAGAAACGCUGGAUCAGUGGCCGGAGGUCUUUGCUCCCGUUUGGUUCCCGGAACCGCAUGGUCCAAAGACCAAAGAGCAAGAUGAAGAGAUCAAGAAGCUGGAGGAGAGGAAGCAAGCGAUCAUCGACGCCAAAUUGCAUGAGGCUUUCCCCUGGAUCAAGCAGAUCUUCAUCGGCCCCAUGACCAAGAAGCAAGCCGCCAACGACAAGCUCCUCCGUGAACAAUUGCGUAACGGCUUCUUUGACAACAUGUCGUUCCUCUUGCCAAGUGAGAACAAGAGAAUGGCUGUGGAGCAUAACCAGAAGAAGGCGGCCGCACCAAGGAAGAACUACGAGCAGAGGAGGAUGGAGAAGGAGAAGGCCAAGGUUGCUGCAUACCUCGAAACUCACCCUCAGGCUCCUCGUCAAGUCGCCGGCACCGCCACAUCUACUCCCGCUCCCACCUCCGCCAAACCCAUCGGUCCUCUCACCAAGGAGCAAGCCCUCGCCGCCCUGCCCAAGCAAGGUCCUGCUAGCAAAGAUCAGGUGCUGCACGAAGUCCAAAGACGACAGAGGCAGAUGAUCUUGGGCUGGCUCCAUAAGCCUUGGAACAAGUACGACGAGGAAGCCUCGGGGCUGAUUGAAAAGCUCGCUCUAUUGGCACGGGACAGGCUCGGCGAGCAGAAGAAGGCGGCGGAGAGGGCUGGCGAGAAGGUUGGCGAGAGGGCUAGUAAUGAGAAGGCGGCGGAGACAAAGAAGGAGGCUGCUGAAGAUGUCAACAAGGGGGUCAAGGUCAAAGCAAAGUAG